UGUUUUGUUGUUGAUGCUUGUUGGUGAUUUCAAUUUUGAGAAUAGCAUAACCUAAAUCUGUCAAAAUCUAAACAAUUUUUAAAUUAUUUUUAUUCAUCUUAUUUCAAGAUGAUCUAGCAAUAAAAAUAUUACUUUUUAUUCUAGGAUUAGGUCAAUAGAAACAAUUUACCACUGACACUCCAAACUCUGAAAAUUGUGCAAAUUCAAUCUAUCUUUCCAUCUGAAGAUAAAAGCAGAUUAAAACUCACUAAAAUAUUCAAAUUGGCAGAUAUUUUAUUGAAUCCAGUUGUGAGAAGAAUCUUUGAUAUGCCUCCAAUAGAAGGAGGUGUUGAAGCAGCACGCGAGAAUUACAUCCUCUUCAAUCAGUCUAAGAAUGAGCUUUUUAAAUUAAAUGAUGCUUUCAAGAUUCUUCAGAGAAAACUGAAAUCAAGUUGGAAAAUAGUAAUAAAUAAUGAUGAGGUAACAAAUGAGGUCCUUUACGGGGUGUCGAUACUCAUCUUGGCUGGCCCAAGAGAAAAGUUCACAGAGAAUGAGUUUAAUGUGAUGAAAAAGUAUCUAGAGACAGGAGGUAGUAUAUUUGUGAUGUUGGCAGAAGGAGGAGAAAAAAAAUUUGAGACAAACAUCAAUUUCCUUCUGGAGGAAUACGGGAUCAUGAUAAAUAGUGAUUGUGUUGUACGGACUCAUUACUACAAGUACUUCCAUCCCAAGGAGUGCCUGAUAGUGGACGGAAUCAUAAACAAGAGUAUGCUGGCUCUAGCCAAUGGUGAAAGCAGCAAAGAAGAGCAACCGAUCACUUUCCUGUAUCCUUAUGGAGCGACUCUGAACGUCGCCGCCCCAGCGGUUGCAGUGUUAUCAUCUGGAAAUGCUGUUUUUCCAUUAAAUCGGCCACUACUUGCUUUCGUCACUCAAACUUCACCAAAGAAUAGUGCUGAAGUGAUAAAUGGAAAAUUGGCAGUAUUAGGCUCUGCACAUGUUCUGACAGAUAAAUAUGUUGAGAAGGAGGAAAACGACAAGAUACGAUCAAUUAUUUUUGGGUUCCUCACGAACCCUGCAGCUGCUAUUAAUGGAACUGAUACAGAGGAACUUGAGAUAGUCGAUUAUACAAUGGUGCCAGAUGUGGGUCUAUUAUCAGAGCGUCCUAGAGGCUAUCUGCAGGAAUCGUUUGAAGACAUUCCUCUCGACUACACACAACUUUUCGAUCAAAAGCUGUACUCUGUGAACAUGGACAAGGUCCCUGUUCUGUUGGAUGCAUUCAAAACGCUCAACGUUAAGCACGAGCCUCUGAGACUCAUACCACCUCAGUUUGAGUCACCAUUGCCACCUCUUCAAGCAGCCGUAUUUCCUCCAGCUUUCAAGGACCUGCCCCAUCCAGCUCUGGAGCUGUUUGAUUUGGAGGAUGCAUUCAGUUCAGAACGAGCAAGAUUAUCACAGCUUGCAAAUAAAUGCUUAUCAAGCAACCAAAGGGGCAUUCGAAAGACUGGUACAUCAUCCGAUGAUGAAAUAAAUGAUAUAAAAUACUUCAUCAAAGAGGCAGGCCGCAUUUUAGGAGUUGGGUCAGCCCAGGAUGAUGCGGCCAAGGUUUUGCAUUCUGUGGCGCUGCACAUUGCUGAAUUUAAAAAAGAAAUGAGUGUGGCUCAGCAUUAACCUUGUUACCUGUCAAUGGAUUCAUGUUUGAAUAUUAUCCUAAAAUGUUUCAUUAAUUCCGUUCUUUCAACCUACUGACAUUCUGAGAAACUUAUUGAAUAUUUUGAAAAUCAUUUUGACGCGACUAUAUGUCGUCAAUCGCACGCACUGCAGCUACAUUUGUCGCCUGGCAACAAGUAAUCAACCUCUAGCUGUAUAAUGUACAAGAGGACUGUCGUUGUUAAGUGUACUACAAUUUAUGUUCACUAAUAAUAUUAAUGGUAACAAUUUUUUCAUUCAGCAUUAUUACAAAAGGUAUAGAAUAAGGAAAGUGAGAAUGUAGUAAUUCUUGAAUAGAAUAAAAGUUGCAGAUUAUUUGCCAGUGCAAAAGAAUAAAAAGAGUCUGGUUAUAAGUUUCUAGUUAAAAUCUGUAACCAUAAAUAAUAAAUACGUAGAAUGGAAUAUCAUUUCUCCACUUCACAAAUACACUUCACGUUUAACGCUUUUAUGUUCAUUGUCACGAGCUGGAUGGUAACAAAAAUGAUAGGAUGUUGCACUAUGCAACAUCUAUUUAUAAAUACCAUUUCAAUCCACCCUGCUGCUGAAUAUGAACGUUUCAUAUUUUUCUAAUGUUAUUUCUCAACUGUAAUUUUUAUGCCUUGAUAAUAACUUUAUUCAAGUGAAUGGACAAUAAGAUUAUAUUGACUUGUGCAUUGCUGCUCGGCAACAAAUGUAUCCGCAUGUGAGCGAGAUAGUUUAAAAGCAAUUGCUAUGUCGUCUUGUCAAAACGAUUGGCUGGCAGUAUGUGCAGUAUAUUACGUAAUUUGUAUGUAUUGAUAUUUAAAAAAAAACAACUUAUUCUUGAAUUGAAGCACCCGUUGCUAAUAUACUCUUAUGUUAUAUUCAGCACAGAAUGAAUAAUUUAAUUACAAAUAAGAUGUACUAUAUUUAAUCAAAUAAAUGUUAAACAUGAUUUAAAACAGAA